AUGGAGGAUGUUUAUUUGGUUGAAAGACAUCAAAAACCAAAAUGGUCAAUUAUAAUUGGAAUAUUAGUUGGGGUAGCCUUUGUUGGAGGAUUGGCUGCUAUGGUUAUGUUAAUAGUGCAUCGUAAGUUAAAGUGUGAUGUUAGGGCUAGGAAGAAUUGAUAUAGUGAUAAGCCAGGACUGUGGGCUAGGGCCACGGGUUAAGGCUCUGGGCUAAAGCUCUGGGCUGAAGGCUCUGGGCUAGGGCUUUGGGCUAGGAUUCUGGGCUAGGCUACGUAUAAGCAAUUAUCUAAAAAAAUAAUUUUAGGCCCAGAACUAAAUUCAACCUCGACUACUACAACACCCUCACCAACUUCUACUACUAGUACUACUACUACUACUCCAGCUCCCCCAGUUCCGCCAAAGCCCUUACCAUCAACUCGAAUUUUGUUUUUUGCCAAAAUCAGCAAAAUUCAAAAGCGUAGCAUCAGAAGCGGCAGUUUGACUUACUUUGCCAAUAACAUCUACAGUAAGCACAGUAAGCCCAACAUUACAGUACCAGACGAACCAAAUCCAAAAGAGUUGUUAAUAGAAGCCCUGAAGCGUUGGGAUGACAAAUUGAAAUCAAAUGAGUUAAAAAUCGAAUUGGUACCAUAUUUGGACCAGGUUUUAGAAGAUGACAUUUCUAAACCGGCUGAUAACGCAAAAGAUUUUAUUGUUUAUCUGAACAGUGUUUAUGAUAAGCAUGAAGAUUUUAGUGGAGAACCAUCACAAGCAAGGUAAAUUUUGUGUUCUGUGGAUUUUAGUACUACUAAAAAUUUAAAAAAUUAAAAAAAAAAAGUUUUUUUAAUUUUUUGGUUUAAAGAAGUAAUUUUUUGUAAUUGGUACUGGUGGUACUACUAGUAAAACUUAAAAAAAAUUUUUUUGAACAAAACUGAUUUUCAAGUUAUUUUUGCUUUAAAAAUGCACUUUUUUCACAAGAUGGUACUACUGGUACUUCUGGUACCGAUGGUAUUCUUGCAAAAAAAAUUUUUUUAAAGUUUUUUUUUAAAAAUUUAUACGAAAUUUUGUUUCAAAAAUGCACUUUUUUCCAAGUUGUUAUUACUGGUACUAGUGGUACACUUUUAAACUAAAAAAUUAUUUUUGAUCUUUUAAUUAUUUUUUUGACAAAUUUUUGAUAAAAAAUUACUUUUUUUAACAUUUAGUACUAAUGAUACCACUGGUGCACCUCAAAAAAAAUUUUAUUUUAAAAAAAUAUUUCAAAAAAUUUUUUAAAAAUUCAAUUUCACUUUACUUUUACGACUAUAUAACCAAUACUAAUCCACUUUCAGCUCCAAUUUUCAGGGUUGCUUUUUUGCUUUUUGCUUCCUUGUCCUGUCCAACGCUUUCAAUCUUUUCUUUUCGAAUACCAUUAUCUAAACUAAUUUUUUAAAAUUUCAGAGCAGUGAACUACAUAAAGAAUCUACAAUACGAUGAUGAGGUUGUGAAUCAUUAUGUUCAUUUAUUUGCGCCGGAGAAGACGGCUUAUCGGUAGGUUAAAGGCUGUCAUAAGCUGGUGAAUAUAUACUGUUACAGGGUGCGCCAAAAGUUCUGUUACAAAGCUUUACCGGUCGAGUAUUUGAUUAAAAAACCGUGUAACAGAACUUUUGGCGCAGCUUUUAUAUUUUAUUCACAGUAUGUAGCGACUAAGUUAAUAUAAUAAGAAAUGGCUUCAUUUUGUGAUUAAACUAGACAUUAGAUAUCAUAAAGUGUAGCCUCAAAUAAAAAAUUUGAAAAAAUCAAAAAAGUACGCCAUUAGAAAAGUCUUGUCGUCAAUCAUUUUGUAAUUUCCUACAAAUCGACGACAAUACUUUUUUUAACAUUUUACAAUUACGUUUACGUCUAUAAAAUAACAUUUUCAGUAACAAUGACCCGAGUGCUGACAUAAACGCCGUCUCGAAAGAGCUAGAAGACUUGCCUGACAAUGUACAUAAGUUCAUGAUAGUAGCAACAACAUACGAUAAUGAUACUAUCAGUAAAUAUCAGCCGAAGAAUAACCAUAAACAUAUUGUUACUGUGAACGAUGAGAAGGCUAUAGAUGACAUUGAACAUUCUAUUGGUAGGUCUGUCAAAUUUAUGUUACGGUAACGAGUUACAGUAUAAAAAAUGUUACAGUAUCGCGUCUAGAAAAUAUUACGGUAUACGGUAAUAAAAAUCAAUUUCUAACCAUUUUAUAACAAGGUUAAAACGUAAACUUAAAAUUUAGUACUAGUACUAAUACUGUAAUUUUCAGAUGAUGAAGUACUUGUCACAACCACGACAACAACAACCACUACUUCAUCUACUACUACUACAACAUUUACUAGCACUACUACAUCAACUGGUACUACUACAACUCCUACAGAGCCUACUGAACCAAGUACUACUACAAAUGACACUACUGAUCCUACUCAAACAUCAGCUGGUACUACUAACCCUACCACGUCUUUUGAAGCUACAUCUAGUCCAACAGUGACUUCUGAAACCACCUCUAGUUCAACAGAACCUUCAGAGUCCACAACAAGCCAUACAAAGCCUUCUGAAGCUACUACAAGGUCUACGGAGCCUUCUGAAGCCACAACAAGUUUUACUGAGCCUUCUGAAACCAAUACUAGUCCAACAGAGCCUUCUGAAGCAACCUCAAGCCCUACAGAAUCUUCAGAAGUUACAACAGAUGCUACUACUACAUCAAAAGCUACGACAAGCUCUACUGAUGAAUCUGAAGCUACUACCAGCCCCACUGAUGAACCUGAAACAACUUCAAUUUCCACAGAAGCUACAGAGGCUUCAUCAACAACAGACGUACCUACAGAGCCUAUGACAACAUCAAAAGCUACAGAAGAACCAGCGACUACACCUUCAGAAGCUACAAAGACUUCUUCAGCUUCAGAAAGCACUGAUCAGUCAUCAACUUCUGAAGUUACUAAAGCGUCACCAUCUUCUGAAGCUACAACUAUAAAUCCAACAACUUCUGAAACCACUGACAGCCCAACUACAACUUCAGAAUUCACAACAGAAGCCCCUAUAACUUCAGAAUCCACAGGAAGACCAACAAUACCAACUGAGUCAACAGCAACGACGUUUGAACCAACUAGUGAGGCUUCUACUGAUAGUAGUACGAAAACAAGUGAGGCUACUGAAGAAACAAGUUAUCCUACUGAAACUUCAGAAACUUCAACAGUAAGUCCUACGAAGACUUCAGAAUCUACGACGAUAAAUCCAACUGAGUCUUCAGAAGCUACAACAGAAUAUCCAACAGAGUCUUCUGAAUCACCAACGUCAAGCCCUACUGAAGCUACGGAAUCAUCAUCGUCAAUCCCUACUGAAUUAACGUCAAGCCCAACUGAAGCUACAGAAUCAUCAUCGUCAAGUCCUACUGAAACUACGGAAUCGUCAUCGUCAAGUCCUACUGAAACUACAGAAGCAUCCUCGUCAAACCCUACUAAAGCUACCGAGUCAUCAUCGUCAAGCCCUACUGAAACUACUGAAUCUUCUUCAAUGCCAACAGAAGCUACAGAUUCUACAUCGAUUCCUACAGAGUUUACUGAAGCAACUUCAAUUUCAACUGAAGCCACAGGCUCUACGUUAAUUCCUACUGAGCCAUCAGAGUCUACAGUAACGUCUAGUAAACCAACAAAGCUAACAACGCCUUCUGAAGCUAGUGAAGAGCCAACAACUUACGCUACAGAAUCUACUGAAAGCUCAACGUCUUAUAGUACUAAACCCACAGAAGCUUCAACGUCUUACCCCACUAUUCCUACAGAAGAUGUAACAACUGAUGAACCUACAGAAGCUACAUCACCAUCUCAAGCUACAUCAGAAGCCACAGAGGUUACUAGUCUUCCUACUGAACCAUCUUCUUCUACAAGAUCUUACAGUACCUUUACGGAAACUUCGGAAACCACAGAGGCUACAAGUACUUCUGUAGAGACUUCUGAAGCUACCGAGGCUACAAGUGCUUUUACACAAACUUCUGAAACAAGAGAGGCUACAAUUACUCCUACAGAAACUUCCAAAGGCACAGAAGCAACGAGUACUUCUGCGGAAACUUCUGAAGCAACAGAGGCAACAAGUGCGUCAACAGACACUUCUGAAGCCACAGAGGCUACCAAUGCUCCUAUAGAUACUUCUGAAGCAACAGAGGUUACAAGUCUACCUACUGACCCUGUAACUCUUUCUACUGAACCAACGCCUUCUACUGAACCUAUAACUAUUCCUACAGAACCUACGUCAAGUCCAAGUCAACCGACUGGCACUACAACUUCUAUGGAACCUACAAAAGCUACUACAGAACAAGCUACAACUGAGUCAGAAGUAACCACAAAAAGUCCUACUGAUGCUACUGAAGCAACUGAAAGUUCUACAGAACCAAACGAUUCUACAGAAAGACCUACUGUACCCACAGAAUCUAGUGAAGCUCCAAAUUCUUCUACAGGUACUACUGAAGUUCCUACGGUGCCAACAGAAUCUACUGAAGCUUCAACGAGUAAGCCUACGGAGCCUUCUAAAGCUCCAACGAAUGAGCUUACAGAGCCUUCUGAAGCUCCAACAACUCAGCCUACAGAGCCUUCUGAAGCUCCAACAACUCAGCCUACAGAGCCUUCUGAAGCUUCAACAUAUGAGCCUACCAAGCCUUCUGAAGCUCCAACAACGGUAACUCAGUCAACAGCUUCUACAGAAGCUUCUACGCCUUCUAAAAAUACUACAGAAGCAAUUACAACAGAUUUUACUGAAUCAACGUCAACAGAUUCUACAGAAGCCUCUACAACGUCUGAAAGUUCAACUGAAACUCCAGUGACUUCUACAAAACCUACAGAGUUUCCAACAGAAUCAACGGAAUAUACAAGAGGUACUACGUCUUAUGGUACUACUGAAGGUACGAUAACAUCAAGUGAACUUACUGAAGCUACUACUAGUUUUUCUGAAGAAACUACAGAAUCAAGUGCAAGUUCUUCCACUCAAUUCUCUACGGAAUCAACAUCAAGAACUUCAACUAAAGUUCCAACAGAAGCUACUGAAUCUACAGUAUAUUCAAGUAGAUCUACUGAGCCUUCAGAUGUUACUACUGAUCAAACCGAACUUUCUGAAGCUACUACAAGCUCGGCAAAGCCUUCUGAAACUACGCCAAGCCCUACAGAGUCUUCAGAAGCUACCACAAGCCCUACGGAGUCUUCAGAGGCUACUACAAGAUCUACACAACCUUCUGAAGCUCCUACAAGCCCUACAGAGCCUUCUGCGACUACAUCAAUUAUCCCUGAAACUUCUGAAUCUACAACAAUAUCUACACUAAUCCCAACAGAACCUACAGAUACUACAGUACCUUCAGAUACCACAGAGAGUACGGACACAACAGAACCUACAGACCCUACAGAAGCUUCACCAACAACUCAAGGCUCUACAGAAGCUACUAAGACAACACAGCCUUCUACAGAGCCUUCUGAAGCUACAUGGGCAACAGAAGAACCAGAAGUUACUACGGAAGCUACUGACCCUACUGUACCUAUUGAGCUGAGAAGAUUAGUUACUGUAGCCUUCUACAAUGGUCCGUCUAAACAAAGGUGUACUAGUCGACGGUGUAGACAGUCGGUUGAGCAGGUAAGCUCUAACAUAAUCUACUAACCACAUCUUUUGCUAUAUUCUGUUUAUAUCUACUAGUAUAGUACUUAUUAUACAUACAGUAAUAUACUAGCUAUGCCUAUUAUAACUUUCUGUAUAUAUUUAUCUUAAUGUAAUUACAAUACUUAUUAAAAUACAAUUGUUACACUUACUAUAACAUACUUAGCAUACUUACUACAAUAUAAAGUAGUAAGGAACUUUAUAGCUUAUAAUGAGUAUUUUCAGGACGACCGUCAGCUAUUGCUACAAGUAAUUGACAAAUGGGAUUCAGACGGCUAUUUUGAAACUGGACUGGCAAUUAGAGCUGUGGCCUUCAACUCAACAGUAGGAAACGUGUCAGAUGUUAUGGUAAAUGCGGAGGAGGUGAAAACGUUUGUUCAAUCACAGUACAGCUACAAUGCAAUGAAGAAUGGCAAAAACCCUUCACAAGCAAAGUAAGGUUAAUGUACUUUUGCUUUUUUGUUUACCUACUGUAGGCUUUUUUAUUUUACUGUAAUAUACCUUGGCUUUUACGUUUUUUGUCGCAUUUGAUGGCUAUCCUGAAAGCAAAUUACUGUAUUUUUGAUUACUAUGUUUAUUUUUGCAAAAUGUGUGUUUUGCAUUUUCGUUGCUGGCAGUAAGAGUACAAAGUCACGGCUGUACAAGAGUACAAAACUAUGACAGUACAAGAGUGAAAAGUCAUGGCAGUACUCACAAGAUAUAACAAACCAAAUCACUACAUAUCACUACAUAUUUACAAUUACAGUGUGGUGCAGAGAAUUCUACAAGAUGAAAAUGUGAAGAGUAUCUACAUUUUACGGCCGAAAAUUGAGGAUUAUCGGUAAGAAUUUUAUUUUUUACAAAAAAAAAUCUCCUAAUUAAGCCAGACUAGAAAGACUAAACUAAAGAAAAUCUUUGAAAUGCCUCUGGCAGUCAAAACAAACCAAUUUUCAAACUCAACCCGCGGGCAAAAAAACCUCAUGCUCGGCCCGCCUGAUUGUUGCUCAAGGUCAACUCAGCCCGAUUGUCAGGUCUAGCCGAAGCUCACAAUAAGGCCCCAAAGGCACAACUUGGGCUUUGCAACAAAAGAUUUGUUUCGCAAAAAGUGUAAAACAUAUCUCACGUUGAAGCUAUUAUAUGUAUAGUACUUAUUCUUUUUUACCUUUCAGCUCAUCCAAAGACUUCUGGAAAGACAAUCAAUUGGCUAAAAGUGUGGCCAAGUCUUACAGGAUUAAACUACAGGUACUCAAUGAUAUUUGA